AUAAUUCAAAUAUUCCUCCAUUUCUCGUCAUUGCUUCUCCACCUCUCAUGAGGACUUGAGCUCCCACUCCCUUUUAUCUUCUUCUAUUGAAUUCCAUGGCGAAAACCCUAAUUUCGUCUCCGUCGUUCAUCGGCACGCCACUGCCGUCCAUCUCUCGCCAUGGUCUCCCUCACCGUAGACUUGUCUCCACCAGAGUUAAACUCAGCUUCCAUGAGAUACCUCCAAUCCAUUCCAUGGUCUCGUCGAUUGAUUUCAACGUUGUUGUUAGAAAAGCCGAGGGGCUUCUCUACACACUAGCAGAUGCGGCGGUCGCUGUGGAUUCUGCCGCCGAUGCUGCCGCGCCGCAGAAGAAUGGUGGUUGGUUCGGAUUUAUCUCGGAUGGAAUGGAAGUCGUGCUCAAGGUGCUGAAGGAUGGAUUGAGUGCUGUUCAUCUGCCAUAUGCAUAUGGGUUUGCUAUUAUUUUACUUACAGUUAUUGUUAAGGCUGCCACGUAUCCUUUGACGAAGCAGCAGGUGGAAUCCACAAUGGCUAUGCAAAAUCUUCAACCAAAGAUCAAAGCCAUUCAACAAAGAUACGCAGGCAAUCAGGAAAAAAUACAACUCGAGACAUCACGCUUAUAUAGGCAGGCCGGGGUGAAUCCAUUGGCAGGUUGUUUACCAACCUUGGCUACAAUACCAGUCUGGAUAGGUCUAUAUCAAGCUCUUUCCAAUGUAGCAAACGAGGGAUUGUUGACAGAAGGUUUCUUUUGGAUCCCGUCCUUGGGUGGGCCUACCACUAUUGCUGCUCGACAAAGUGGAUCUGGCAUUUCUUGGCUUAUUCCAUUUGUGGAUGGACAUCCACCAUUGGGUUGGCACGACACUAUUGCGUACCUUGUUUUACCUGUCCUCCUUGUUGUUUCUCAGUAUGUUUCAAUGGAGCUGAUGAAGCCUCCACAGACAGAUGAUCCGGCUCAGAAGAACUCGCUUCUGGUUUUGAAGUUCCUACCUCUGAUGAUUGGUUACUUUUCCUUGUCUGUUCCAUCAGGAUUGUCAAUAUACUGGUUUACAAACAAUGUCCUAAGCACAGCUCAACAAGUAUGGUUACGCAAAUUAGGGGGUGCUACGCCUGUUGUUAAUGAGAACGCGAGUGGCAUCAUCACUGCAGGACGUGCAAAAAGAUCAGCUUCUCAGCCAGUACUGUCUGGAGACAGAUUCAGACAGUUAAAAGACGAGGAGAAGAGAAAAAAUUUGAGCAAGGCAUUGCCAGCGGAAGAGAUUCAAGCCCUGGAUUCUGUAUCUGAUUCUGGUGUGGACUCAGAUGAAGAUAAGGACAAGGAUGAGGAGGUUCUAGAAGAGGCGUAUGCUUCUAAUACAAGCAAGCAGGUUCCCAAUGUUUCUCGGCCAAAGAGAAGCAAGCGAACAAAGCGGAAACGUGCUGUAUAACAAGGAAUGUUUACUGAUAUUGUUUUUAAUUUAAGGUGAGUUCUGUAAAUCUCAGAAAAAUUAAUUAAUUAUUGUUAAUAUAUAGAGCCAUUUUUAUGCUGGCUCUUCCAUUAUAAAUAAUGAGGAAAAUCUGGGUGACUAGCCGCCUAUCGGCCAAUACAGGUUACAAGGAAGAAGUAACCUGAGAUACAUGUGGUUAUCAUGUCACGUCAACUGAUUGAAUACCUUGUGAUAAGGAAUCAAUAGUUGAAAUUGUGACUUGGUUAAAUAUGUGUAAUUCGGUUUCUUUCAUUAGAAGCAGUUGCUGGUCUUAACCUGAAGAAGAUUACGGCUUAUUAUUAUUAUUUUAUUGUUGUAAAUUUCUGUAGUGCUGCAUGGAUGGGAAUUUUCUGCACAUUAGAUUAUUGAGGUUCAUGUAUUUCAUCAUCAAUUUGUCUU